GGAGGAGUAGAUGGUUAUUUGUCAACACGGGCUAGACACAGACCACCAACAUGCCUGUGUUUCACACCAAGACCAUCGAGGGGAUCCUGGAGCCCGUGGCCCAGCAGGUAAAUAAUAAUCAAGAUGUCUGCAGCCAUCGAGGAAGACGGGGCAUUAAUGGAACGUGGUGUCACGGCUGGUGAUCAUGCACGAGGAGGCCGAGGAUGGCAACGCUAUGCCGGACCUGGAGAAACCUGUCAUGGCUGUCUCAAAGGCUGUCAUCAACCUAGUCAAGGUUGGGCGGGAGACAAUCAACAGUAGUGAUGACCCCAUCCUGAAGCAAGACAUGCCGGCUGCCCUUCACCGUGUUGAAAGUGCUGCCAAGCUGUUAGAAGAAGCAUCAUCAUUACUCAAGUCCGACCCAUAUUCACAGCCUGCCAGAAAGAAGCUAAUAGAAGGGGCCCGAGGCAUCUUACAAGGAACCUCUGCCUUGUUGUUAUGCUUUGAUGAAUCAGAAGUUCGCAAAAUUAUCCGGGAAUGCAAGAAAGUCCUGGACUACCUAGCAGUAGCAGAGGUUAUUGAAACUAUGGAAGACUUGGUUCAGUUUGUUAAAGAUCUCUCUCCAUGUCUCACAAGAGUUUCUCGUGAUGUAGAUGGCCGCCAGCAAGAGUUAACACACCAAGUUCACCGUGAAAUCUUGAUGCGGUGUUUAGAGGGUGUUAAGACACUCUCUCCCAUACUUAUUUGCUCUAUGAAAAUAUUCAUCCAAAUAUUUCAUCAAGGUGGCAAGGGUAUUGCAGAAGCUGCUGAAAAUAGAAAUUAUUUAGCUGGGAGAAUGACGGAUGAGAUUAAUGAGAUCAUCCGCGUUUUGCAACUGACGACAUACGAUGAGGAAGAGUGGGAUGCCGACAACCUGACCGUUAUGAAAAAGGCUCUCAAUGCUAUUGAUGGCAAGGCUCAAGCUGCACAUGACUGGCUCCAGGAUCCGACGGCUCUGCGUGGUGGCAUUGGAGAAAAAUCUCUUCGUCAGAUAUUGUCCCAGGCUGGAAAGGUUGCAGAGAGAUCGCUACCUCCAGAUCGUGAUUCCAUCCGAAAGUUGUCAGGGGAUAUUUCUUCAAUGACUGAUGCUCUGUGUGAACUGCGACAGGAUGGCAAAGGAGCCACACCACAGGGCCAAAGCUUGUCACGAAGCAUUGGCGAGAAGCUGAACGAGUUGAGUGGAACAAUAUCCCGAGCAGUAAACAAUGUGGAAAGAAGUGGUGUACAACAGCCUGCCCACACAGUCGCUGGACGAUUGGAACAGGCUCAGCGCUGGCUGAACAACCCUUCACUUGAUGAUAAAGGACUUGGGCAACAGGCUAUUGCACUUAUUGUAGAAGAAGGCAAAAGGGUGGCAGCUGGACUAACAGGGCCGGCACAAACAGGAAUCUUGGCGCUCUGUGAGAACGUCGAUAGUCUUUCUCAACAACUCUCUGAAAUGUGCAGACGUGGCCAUGGCGACACUCCACAGGCUCAGGCUGUGGCCAGAGCCCUUUCAACAAAGCUGCAAGAGCUGAAGGACAAAAUCCAAACUGCCGUUGUGGAUCGGGUUGUAGAGGAUUUUGUCGACAUUACUACACCACUCAAACAAUUCACCGAUGCUGUUCUUGCACCAGAGGGUACCCCGGGCCGUGAACAAGCUUUUGAUAACCGUGCUGCCAAUCUUGCACACUUCAGCAACCGAGCUGCAAAAACAGCCCUAAUGGUUGCUGCUGGUAGCUCGGGUGGCAAUAAAAAACUAACAGAAGCUCUUCUAGCCUCUGCUGGACAGGUUGAAAGUCUAACGCCUCAGUUGGUGGCUGCUGGUCGCAUUCGCAUGACAUACCCAACGAACAAAGCAGCAGAUGAACAUUUUGAGAAUUUACGUCGACAGUAUGCAGAGAGCAUUCAAAAAGUGAGAGACUUAGCUGAUGAGGCUACAGAGUCUGCAGCAUUCAUCAAGGCAUCAGAGGACUUAAUCAAGAAACAUACUGCGGCUUGUGAGGCAUCUAUCCAGAAUCAUGAACCCCAGGCCAUGGUAGACAACACAAGUGCAAUUGCUCGCUUAGCGAAUAGAGUGCUUAUGGUGGCUAAACAGGAAGCUGAUAACUCUGAAGAUCCCAGCUUUGUAGCUAAAGUCAAUGCUGCAUCUGAUCAAGUUCAAGCAGCUGUAACACCAAUGGUGCAAAAUGCAAAGGAUGUUGCAAUGAACCCAGAUGACCAGCGAGCCAUCAGUCGGUGGCGCCAGUCCAAUCAGGCUAUUCUGCAGCCAGGUGCAUGUAUUGAACAUGUUCGUCAAAGUCAUCAACCUGUUGUAUCACUUCUGUCUGCUGUGGGUGAAGUGCGAAGAGCAGUGAUGGUGUAUCCUGAAGAAGAACCUAUUGUUCCACCACCUCCAGAUAUGUCCUCUCUCUCACUUAAUGCAGCUCCUCCACGGCCUCCAGCACCUCCACAAAUCGACCUUGAUGAUGACAUAUUUAAGGUGGACUUUAUGAAAAUCUUUGGGGAACCGGAGAUUGCGCUGAGUCCCACACAGUAUCAGGGCAUCCACUUACCAGAGAGAGAUGAUGGCAGCAGUAAUGGACACUUUCCCCAUGGUUCUCACCCCCUUCUCUAUAAUAAUAUAGUUGGCAGUGAACUUGGAGGUGUUCCAUCUCCAUACAGUUCUCUGGAUCGGCCACAUUCCUUCCGUUCUCCGAGUGCUGGCUUGUUAUCAGCUGUGCCUAAGUGGGGCCGAGGAAACACAUGUGAUGCUCUCAAUGACAGUUACACGGAUGAUGAGCAGCCGUCGGAUCCUUAUUCCCACUACAGAGAUCAGGCACCACCCCGGCCACCCCUACCUGGCGGAGAGAAGGCCCCACCUCGUCCACCUCCACCAGAGACUGAUGAUGAAGAUGAGACCAACAUGUUCAGUGAAGUACCACAACCAAAUCAACCAAUUAUGAUGGCAGCUCAUGGCCUUCACCAGGAGGUAAAGCAGUGGUCAUCUCGUGACAAUCACAUUAUUGCAGCUGCAAAAAAAAUGGCAUUGCUGAUGGCCCAACUUUCUCAACUCGUACGGGGUGAAGGUGGCACCAAAAAGGAUCUCAUUUCAUGUGCCAAGGCUAUUGCUGAAGCUUCUGAAGAAGUGACACGUUUAGCAAAGGAUCUUGCAAGGGAGUGCACUGACAAGCGCAUGAGGACGAAUCUGUUGCAAGUAUGUGAACGUAUCCCAACCAUUGGAACACAGCUGAAGAUACUCUCAACUGUGAAGGCAACAAUGCUUGGAGCUCAAGAGUGCUUCCCUCGACGUGAUUCGGAGAUCGGCUCGGAAGAAGACCAGGAAGCUACAGAGAUGCUGGUAGGUAAUGCCCAGAAUCUCAUGCAGUCAGUGAAGGAAACCGUUCGUGCUGCUGAAGCUGCAUCCAUCAAGAUUCGUACAGAUGCUGGUAUCAGGUUGCGUUGGGUCCGUAAACAACCUUGGUAUCAGUAUUAAAAAUGUUUGGCAUUAUUUUACUAGAGUACGUCAUGCAGAAACAGUCUGCAUUGAUAUCAGAGUACUUUUUAGACUACAAAUAUUUUGCACAAUUGAUCAUUGAGGAAAAAUUUAGAUUAAUAAAUAAUUGAAAAGCAUUUGUUUACUGGGUUAUGUACAUUUUCAACAAACUUUUAAUUAUUUUUAGAUAUUAUUGUUGAGUUAAAAUUUGUAAUUUAUAAUUAUUCAUGCAAACAAUUGUUUAAGAAAAUACUGUAAAGAAUUGUCAACACCUGGUAUAUAAUUUUUAUUGAUUCCAUUUUUUUGUUUUUUUUAUGUACAGUAAAUUAAGGCUUAUGAAUCAGGUGUUUGCCUUCAUACUGUCAUAUCAGUUCAUCAGACAAGCAUGAGCAGUAUUUACUGGAUUUGUUUCAGAAUACCAUGUUCUAAAUAUCAGCAGUGACACUACUUACAUACAUGAAUGACAACUACCUGCAUGCUUGAGUAAUGCCACCUGCAUACGUGAAUUAAUUUUUUCAAGAGUACACAGGAGAUAAAUACCCUGUCCUUAUUAUGUGAGAAGCCACUCAUGUAUGCAUCCAUUGUUGCUAAAUUAUAUUCUCAGGUGUAUGAGCAGUGAAAGGGAUGCCAUUACUUAAAUUUCAUCCCUGAAUAAUAAUAAUGUCCAGUAAAUAGGUUUUGCUCAGCUGUAACAUAAAUACAGUACACACUGCCUUAAUAUGGUAUAAUGAAUGUCUGUAAAUAUAUUGACAGGUUUACAAUGGGCAAAUUAUCAUAAUUAGUUCCAAUGAUCUCUCUAAAAUGGAGUAGUACACACAGCUGUCAAGAAUAUUGCAGGUAGAGAUUUUCUCUUGGUCAUGCUUUAAAAAAAAUCAAGGUAAUGCUUUGUAUUGUAUGUCAGAACUUAGUACACACAAAUGAAUUUAGUCCAUAAUGCAUUGUACAUGUUCACCUUGCCACAUAUAUGAAACUGAACAUGGUUUAAAAUUUGUCAUAUAUUGGCACCUUCGUAAGUCACAAGAGUGAGUAACUCAUGAUAGUUGUAUCGGGUAACUGUCCAGUAUUUGCUUUAUAUUGUGCCAAAACAGUUGUCUUCCUUUUUGCAGGAGAACUGUAUGCAAACUCAGCCAUCAAAGAUGUCUUUUAGGUUUGUAACCAAGACAAAGUUUUAUUUUGGUAGUAUGUACAUUAAUUAUGAAAAUUUCCUAAAACAGUAGCUAGGUGUGGCAUUUUUGUCCCACCCAGUUAUGUCUGCAUAAUAUGCCAUGCAUUGUAAGCGUAGGGGGCUAAUGCAAUCUUUACAAAUUUGUGCUUAUCAAAUUCUUGUGUCACCUGACAUUCAGGAAAACACUGCCAAUAUCUGUUGUAUAUAAUUUACUGUAUGAAAAAGUUUAUGGAACAUUAUGGCCACAUUUAAAGAAAUUUAUAUAUAUCAUACAUAUAAUUCAAUAGUCUAUCAUAGGAAAUCUCUCAAACCUUUACCUUGGGCUUAAUUUUAAUAUAAUUAGUACAGACUGCUUUUCUGGAGUAGUAGACAUGCAAUAUUAGACUAGGCACGUCCCUGCCAUACACUGUGUAAUGAACUGUUACUGCAGAUCAUGUCAGUCUUGUGACUAUCUUGUGCAGAACUAACUGAUUAGUUAGCUUAGGAUGUGACUAAUGUCUAUUUAUUUGGUGCUUAAAAUGUAUUUAUCUUAAGAUAAAUUUCUCUAACAGACUGAACACAAAGUACAGUUUGAAAUGAUUAUGCUCAUUGACUUAGGUUAAGAUGGAACUAAUAAGGGUAUGCAUAUUAAGAGCUUGUUGAUACAUAAAUUUUUGUUGUGUUUGUAAUCAUUUGAGUGCCUUUCUGCUGUAAUUAAAAUGAUUUACUAUAAUAUGGAUGGACAGACUGUUUUAUAAGACUGUACAAAGCAAGAGUGAAUUUACAACUUGGUAAAAUUGCAGACCUGGUAAUAAAAUGGUCAGUUAUUAAUGUUCCUACUUUAAUUCUGAUACCACUGUAUUAUCUAUAUAUUCUUAUUCUUGCAAUACCCUAGUGAAUUAAGAAGCACUUACAAUCACAUGGAUGCCUUACAAUGUUGAAGCACUGAUUAUCACUGAGAAUGGAAGUCCUGAUGAAUAUUACUAAUGAGCAGUAAAUUGCAUUAGUUAUAUUUGUAUUUUGCUUACACAAAGAUUUUACCCUCAGUGACAGUGCUGCUAUCGUCCGCAUUUGUGGUUGCACAUGUGAAAAGAUCUUGGUAUGAAUACUGACUAAUAAAAAGUCAAGUGAGUUUCAUAGUUUUGUUUGAACCUUACUUGAGGGGCUUAGAUCAGUGUAUUUAUGCUUUGUUCUUUUCAGAUUUUUAAGUCCACUUAGAUACUGUUUUGGUUGCAUUUUUAAAUCUUUCAUGUGCAGAUUCUUAAUAUUUUAUAAAAGAAAAGUAUAAUGAUUAAAUGUUACUAGUGUA